AUAUAUAUGUCCAACAUGAGAGGAUGGUUUGUUCAAAAUUCUCAUAUGAAAGCCUCAGACUCAGAGUUGGACGACAAUGAAAUCACCUCAUCUCCCCAAAGAGAAAAGUGGUGUGGGCAUCAAUUCCUCUUCAAAUUUCAGGGCUUCUGGUUCACAAAAACAUACCUUGAAACCACCAAGAGAGUUGUUGAAACCCUUAAACCACUCACCGGAGAUGUAAUUCUAGCUUCUUUCCCCAAAACAGGCACAACAUGGCUCAAAGCUAUCCUCCACUCCAUCCUCCAUCCCUCUCCACAACAUCAAAACCACCCUUUAGCCCUAAACCACCCACAAGAACUUGUCCCAUCUCUAGAAACAAAUCUCUAUGUUGACAAAGGAACAGAAUUAGAUGGUGGCUAUAAAAACCCGGAAUUUCUGGCUGUUAAAGAUCCCCAAGAAGCAAGAAUCUUGGCGACCCACAUACCGUACCAGAUUCUUGGUGAUAUCCUGAAUUCCUCCGACUGUAAGGUUGUCUACGUGACAAGAAAUCCAAAGGACACCCUCGUCUCUCUGUGGCAUUUUUUACAGAAAUCCAGUGAUGUUGAGAAGGAUCCAUGGGAGGUGGGGGCUGCUGUUGAUCAGUUCUGCCGAGGGGUUGUCCCAUUCGGGCCCUACUAUGACCAUGUCUUGGCUUACAGACAAGAAAGCCUGAACAGGCCUGAAAAGGUGUAUUUUCUUACUUACGAGGAUCUGAAGGAAAAAUCCAAGAAUCAUGUCAGAAAAUUGGGUGAAUUCUUGGGGUGCCCAUUUGAUCAAAGUGAGAAGGGAGAGGAGAAGAUUGAUGAAAUUGUGAAAAUGUGCAGCUUCGAGACUCUGAGCAGUGUAGAAGUGAAUAAAUCAGAGGAGACGUCAAGUGUGUUUCCAUUGCCAUACAGUUCCUUCUUCAGGAAAGGUGAAAUUGGUGACUACAAGAACUACCUUGAAGAGAAGAUGAUUGCAAGAAUAGAUAGUGUUACUGAGGAAAAGUUUCAUGGUUGUGGUUUUAUGUAUGGGAUUUGAUUAAGUCAGUUGAUGAUCACUUUUCUUCUCCCUUAAUUUUAUUAAGGGUUUAUGUUUGUGCUAUGUUGAAAUAAGUGACUUAAAGUUGAAAAAA